UUCUCGGAUGAGUGGGUGGAUGGGGGUGAUCGCGUUUUCCGUGCAAGUUGAGUGGGUGUGUUUUGUUAUUUGAUUUAUGCGUUGUGGUUUACACGUUGUUAGAUGUUUACUUGUGAAACAGGCACGGUAUGCGGUUGAAUUGGUGACAUUUUUGUGCAGCGAGAUUCCAGCGGACCUGAGGUGUGAAGUCAGGCUAUCCGCAAUCAGUCCUGGAAAUGGAACCUAAGCCUUAACUCAAUGGGAACAAGUCAACUUUGUGCCAUUGUGACAUACUUAUGGACCGAAGUGACGCCUGAGCAAGACACUUGUUGAUGAAUCAUCCGACAUCCAAGAAGGGGAUUGGGUUCUUGAAUGAUGAAAUUUUGAAUGUGCUUGGUUCAAGCCUUCCCAGGAUGUCAAGACCUCACAUGCCAUUCUUUUCAAAUUCUCAUGCCAUUAGGCAGGAAAUACAGCGCUUUGAAAGUGUGCAUCCUUCCAUAUACGCUAUUUACGAUUUGAUUGAGCAUGUUCAAGACCCUGCAUUGGCUCAACAAGUCAGAGAACAUGUUGUUUGUAUUGAAGACUCGUUCGUGAACAGCCAGGAGUGGACGCUGAGCCGGGGCGUGCCCGACCUGCGGCUGGGUAUCGUCGGCAGCCUCAGCUCGGGCAAGUCGGCGCUGGUGCACCGCUACCUGACCGGCUCCUACAUGCAGGAGGAGUCGCCCGAGGGCGGUCGCUUCAAGAAGGAGAUGGUGCUCGACGGCCAGAGCUACCUGCUGCUUAUCCGGGACGAAGGUGGCCCGCCCGAGCUGCAGUUCUCUACAUGGGUGGACGCUGUCAUAUUCGUCUUCAGCCUGGAGAAUGAGAGCAGCUUCAAUGCCAUCUACCACUACUACAGCAAAAUGAACUUCUUCCGGAAUACCGCCGAAAUCCCAAUCAUUUUGGUUGGGACGCAAGACGCCAUCAGCGAGACCAACCCGCGCAUCAUCGACGACAGCAGCGCCCGCAAGCUGGCCGGCGGCCUCAAGCACUGCUCCUACUUCGAGACGUGCGCCACGUACGGCCUGAACGUCGAGACCGUCUUCCAAGUGGCCUGCCAGAAGGUGAUCCAGCAGCGGGCGCUGGCGGCGCGGCCGGCCGGCUCGCGGCCCACCACGCCCAGCCACAUGGGCCGCUACCAGUCGGCGGCCGCCUUCCUGCCCAGCAACGGCCACUCGCCGCCGCCGCCGGCGCCCGCCUCCGCCUCGGCCUCGGCCUCGGCCUCGGCCUCAGCCUCGGCCUCCAGCCGCGACAGCCCGCCGCAGCUGCGACACCCACCCACGCCGGCCAAGGAGCUGUCGCUGCGCCAGACGCACUCGAUGUCGGCGCCGCCGCACGAGCUGCACAUGCCGCCGCCGCCGCCGCCCGGCUCGGUGGCCCGCUCCGACUCGCUGCGCGGAGACGACGCCAAGCGGAUGGUGGCGCCCGGGGAGCCGCCGCAGCACCUGCCGACGCCGAGCUCGACACCGACCACGGCCAGGAAGAGCCGGCGGCGUUCAAACCUGUUUGCGCCGUCGCGGAAGGCGGCUGAUGACGAGCGGCGCCUUAAGACGGCCGAGCUCGGCAGUGGCCGGGCCAUCCCCAUCAAGCAGGGAUACCUGUACAAGCGCUCGCAGAAGGCGCUCAACAAGGACUGGAAGAAGAAGUACGUCACCAUCAGCGACGACGGCAAGCUCACCUACCACUCGUCGCUGCACGAGUAUAUGGAUGACGCACACGGAAAGGAGAUAUGUCUACAGUACACAACGGUAAAGGUGCCGGGACAACGGCCAAGGGGCUCCAAGUCGAUACCCAACUCCAACAACAACAACCUGGCCGACAACAUCGGCAACCUGACGCUGAACUCCAGCGGCAGCCUACCGGGACACACGCGCGCCGGCAAGGACAAAGUGACGCUGACGGCGUACGAGGCGCUGCGGGACCCGUCGGGCCGCGACGACGGCGCCAUCCUGACCAACUCGUCGCUGUCGCUGCUGAACGGCGGCGGCGCGCUCACCGCCGACACGCCAAACGUCAAGAAGCGGCACCGGCGCGUCAAGAGCAGCGGCGUGCGCAGCGCAGAGAACGACGCCGACUCGGACGGCUACGAGUUCUCGGUGGUGUCGCUCGACAACAAGGUGUGGCACUUCGAGGCGGGCAGCCAGGACGAGCGCGACGAGUGGGUGUCGGUGAUCGAGCAGCAGAUCCUCACCUCGCUUCAGAGUAACGAGAGCAGCAAGUCCAAGUCACGCAUGAACAGCCUGGUGGACCCGGCGUCGCUGCAGGCCAUCAAGAACUCCGUGCCCGGCAACCUGACCUGCGUCGACUGCGACGCGCCAAACCCGGACUGGGCCAGCCUGAACCUGGGCGCGCUCAUGUGCAUCGAGUGCUCGGGCAUCCACCGCAACCUGGGCUCGCACGUGAGCCGCGUGCGCUCGCUCGACCUGGACGAGUGGCCGCCUGGCCACCUGGCCGUCAUGCUGGCGCUGGGCAACACGGCCGCCAACGCCGUCUGGGAGGGCCGCCUGCCGCCGGGCCGCGUCCGGCCGACGCCGGCCAGCAGCCGCGAGGAGAAGGAGCGCUGGAUCCGCGCCAAGUACGAGCGCCGCGAGCUGAUGGCGCCACCGCCGGCCGCCGCCGCCGGCCUCUCCCAGCUGCUGGUGGACGCCGUGUGCCGCUCGGACGUGCGCGCCACCGCCCAGCUGCUGGUGCACUGCGCGCCCGAGCAUGUCAACGGCGCCGUGUCGGCACGCGACGCGCGCACGCCGCUCCACCUGGCGGCGGCGCUCACCAGCCUGCCCAUAGUACAACUGCUCCUCUGGCACGGCGCCGACGUGCACCGGCUGGACAGCGAGGGCCGCACCAGCCUGGCGUUCGCUCGGACGGCCGGCCCGUCCGGCGCCGAGGUGGUCGACCUGCUGCGCGCCGCC